GCCAUAACGUCACUUCUGGACGUCAAUAUGCGGCUCGGUGCGGCGCUGGGAAACAGCCGCUGAAAUGAUGGAAACUAAGUAACCAGCGAAGCCUUACCUUCAGCGAAGAGCCUCCGCUGUUACCUCCAGGGAAACGCUACAACCGCGUCGAUAAAGAAGGAGCCCCCGCAGACUGACAGCUCCCUGGGUGGUUAUCCCCCGAAGCGGCGGACCGCCUGCCUCAAGCAGCCAUCUUUUGUGAGAGAAUGUACGGGGCGACGCGGUGGGCCUGCUCGGGCUCCGGCUCUGGCCCCGGCCGGAGCUGGUUGAUGCUCACAACCGCGCUGCUGCUCUCGGCCGUCGUGCUGCUCUCCGGGCUGCCGGGUUUCACCGAGGCGAAGGAAUGCGACAAACCGUGUAUGAACGGACAGUGUAACACCGCUACGGGCAGCUGUGUGUGCUUCCCCGGCUGGGUCGGGGACCAAUGCCAGCACUGCGGAGGGCGAUUCAGGCUCACAGGACCGUCCGGUUACCUGACUGAUGGCCCAGGAAACUAUCAGUACAAAACCAAGUGCACCUGGCUUAUCGAGGGACAGCCAAACACCGUUCUGAGAUUACGAUUCAACCACUUUGCCACUGAAUGCAGCUGGGACCAUCUCUAUGUUUACGACGGCGACUCCAUUUACGCGCCGCUGCUCGCUGCUUUCAGUGGGUUGAUUGUUCCGGAGCGAUACGGGAAUGAGACGGUUCCUGAGGUGGUGUCCCAGUCCGGCUACGCCCUGCUACACUUCUUCAGUGAUGCAGCCUACAACCUGACAGGCUUCAAUAUUUCAUACAGGGUCAACACCUGUCCCAACAACUGCUCCGGCCGCGGCGAGUGCCGGGUGGGGAACUCCACCACCUCCGUUUACUGCGAGUGUGAAGCCAACUGGAAGGGGGAAGCCUGCGACAUCCCAUACUGCCUGGACGACUGCGGUUACCCUGAAAGGGGCCGCUGCCAGGGACAGAGCUGCAUCUGCAAAGCCGGAUGGCAAGGUCCGGACUGCUUCGUCUCGGUUCCCGCCAACUCCUCGUUUUGGAGCCGCGAGGAGCACCUGGAGCCCGGCCUGGCCAGGGCGUCCCACAAGGCCGUGGUGGAGCAGGGCGUCAUGUGGGUCAUCGGAGGCUACGUCUUCAACACGUCGGACUACCACAUGGUCAAAGCUUACAACCUCCGCAACAAGACCUGGCUGACCCUUGACCCCUCCGUCAACACGGUGACCCCUCGAUAUGGUCACUCGCUAGCUCUGCACGAGGGGAAGAUCUACAUGUACGGAGGAAAGAUCGACUCAACCGGAAAUGUGUCGAGUCAGCUGUGGGUUUUCCACAUCCAGAACCAGACCUGGGUCCUCCUUAACCCCCGGCCCAAGGACCAGUACGCUGUGGUGGGACAUUCGGCCCACAUAGUGCCGCCCGCACAAGAGUGGGACAGUCCCGUCAUGCUGGUCCUGUUCGGACACUGUCCUCUUUACGGUUACAUCAGCAAUGUGCAGGAGUACAACAUCGUGAAGAACACGUGGAGCGUGGUGAGUACAGACGGAGCGCUGGUCCAAGGCGGCUACGGCCACAGCAGCGUGUUUGACCUCAGCACCAGAGCCAUCUACAUCCACGGAGGCUACAAGGCCUUCAGUGCCAACAAGUACGGGCUGGCGGGAGACUUGUACAAGUUUGACGUGGACAAACGGAAAUGGACCAUUCUGAGAGACAGCGGCUUCUUCCGCUACCUUCACACGGCGGUCAUAGUGAGCGGCGCCAUGCUGGUGUUUGGAGGAAACACGCACAACGACACGUCCAUGAGCCACGGCGCCAAGUGCUUCUCCUCGGAUUUCCUGGCCUACAGUUUGGCCUGCGACGAGUGGACGGUGCUGCCCCGACCGGACCUCCACCAUGACGUGAACCGCUUCGGACACUCCGCCGUCUUCAGCGACAGCGUCAUGUACGUGUUCGGGGGCUUCAACAGUCUGCUGCUGAGUGACAUCCUGACGUACACCUCGCCCAGCUGCUCGGCCUUCUCCAGCCCGUCGUCCUGCAGCCAGGCCUGGCCCGGGAUCCACUGCGUGUGGAACGGCAGCCUGAGGGCGUGCCUGCCAUGGGAGGGCAACAGCUCCAGCGCUGAGCCGCAGCAGCAGCAGCUCCCGGCCUCCUGCAACACCAGAUCAUAUGCCGAUAACGAGAGGUGUGAGCAGUACACAGACUGCUACAGCUGCACGGCCAACACAAACAGCUGCCAGUGGUGUUCGGGCCAGUGUGUGUCUCUGGGAAGUAACUGUACUGCUGCUACGGGAUCCAUAGCGGAGUAUGACGUUUGCCCCAAAGACAACCCCUCAUACGUGUGCAAUAAGAAAACCAGCUGCAAGAGCUGCUCUGUGGACCAGAACUGCCAGUGGGACAAUCGCAACCAGGAGUGUAUCUCACUGCCAGAGAACGUGUGCGGCGAGACCUGGCACCUGGUGGGCAACUCCUGCCUGAAGUUCAACACGACCAGCGAGUCGUACGACAACGCCAAGCUGGCCUGCAGGAACCACAACGCCGUCCUGGCCUCCCUCACCACGCAGAAGAAGGUGGACUUUGUCCUGAAGGAGCUGCAGAUCAUGAACGUCAUGUACAAGACAACAAUGACUCCCUGGGUGGGGCUGAGGAAAAUCAAUGUGUCCUACUGGUGCUGGGAGGACAUGUCGCCCUUCACCAACACCACCCUGCAGUGGCUGCCCGGCGAGCCGAGCGACGCCGGGUUCUGCGGCUACCUGGCCGAACCGGCCUCCAGCGGGCUGAAAGCGCAGUCCUGCAUCAACCCAGUGAACGGCAGCCUGUGUGAGCGACCCGCGAACCACAGCGCCAAGCAGUGCAAGACGCCCUGUGCCAUGCGGACCACCUGCAGCGAGUGCACCAGCGGCACCUCGGAGUGCAUGUGGUGCAGCAACAUGAAGCAGUGCGUGGACUCCAACGCCUAUGUGGCCUCCUUCCCGUUCGGCCAGUGCAUGGAGUGGUACACCUUGAGCAACUGUCCACCUGAAAACUGUUCCGGCUACAGAACAUGCGGCCAGUGUUUGGACCAGCCCGGUUGCGGCUGGUGCACGGACCCCAACAACACGGGGAAAGGCCAGUGCAUCGAGGGUUCCUACCGAGGGCCCUUCCAGACGUUGGUGCCGGCUCCAUCCACCCUGCCCGGUCUGCCCGCCAGCCCCCAGCCCUCCCUGAACUCCAGCAUGUGCCCCAGCGAAGCCAAGUAUAACUGGUCCUUCAUUCACUGCCCAGCCUGUCAAUGUAAUGGCCACAGUCAGUGUGUCAACGAGAGCGUGUGCGAAAAGUGCGAGGACCUGACAACCGGCCGACACUGCGAGAGCUGCAUCUCCGGUUUCUACGGCGAUCCGACCAACGGGGGCAGCUGCCAGCCCUGUAAGUGUAACGGCCAUGCCAGCAUGUGCAACCCCAGCAACGGGAAAUGCUUCUGCACCACCAAAGGCAUCAAAGGAGAUCGAUGCCACAUGUGUGAAGUGGAGAGCCGUUACCAAGGCAACCCCCUCAAAGGGACAUGCUACUACACGCUCCUCAUCGACUACCAGUUCACCUUCAGCCUGUCGCAGGAGGACGACCGCUACUACACCGCCAUCAACUUCGUGGCCACACCUGAGGAGCCAAACCGCGAUCUGGACGUGUUCAUAAAUGCCUCCAAGAACUUCAACCUGAACAUCACCUGGGCGACCAGCUUCACAGCAGGCACCCAGACCGGAGAGGAGAUUCCAAUCAUCUCACGUUGCAACAUCAAGGAAUUCAAAGACAGUUUUUCCAACGAGAACUUUGAUUUCCGGAACAGUCCGAACAUAACGUUCUUCGUCUACGUCAGUAACUUCACGUGGCCCAUUAAGAUCCAAAUUGCUUUCUCCCAGCACAGCAACUUUAUGGACCUGGUGCAGUUCUUUGUCACGUUCUUCAGCUGCUUCCUGUCGCUGCUGCUGGUGGCCGCCGUGGUGUGGAAAAUCAAACAGAGCUGCUGGGCGUCACGACGACGAGAACAACUGCUGAGGGAGAUGCAGCAGAUGGCCAGUCGGCCUUUUGCCACCAUCAACGUGGCUUUGGAGGCGGACGAAGAGCCACCUGACCUGAUAGGAGGAAACGUCAAGUCCGUUCCAAAACCCAUCGCCCUUGAGCCUUGCUUUGGCAACAAAGCCGCCGUGCUCUCCAUCUUUGUACGGUUACCCAGAGGCUCCGGCGGCAUCCCUCCUCCAGGACAGUCUGGUCUGGCGGUGGCCAGCGCGCUGGUCGACGUCUCCCAGCAGAUGUGCGUGGGCUACAAAGAGAAGUCCGGGGGUCUGAGGAGCCGCAAGCAGCAGCCUUCUGCACAGCCGUCCACCUGCAUCUGAGCCCAUCACCACCCUACACCCAACGCUCUUCAUCCCCCCACCCUGCUCCCUCCUCCUCCUCGCUGCUCAGCCUCCCUCCGUCAGAGACUUCUGCCAGCUCUGCUCUGGCAGGGAGAGGUGCAUGCUGGGAUGUAGUACUGGAACAUUUUGAUGAGAUCAGCAGGUCCCCCCCACAUACCCCUUCACUCUCUCUCUCUCUCUCUCCUCGUACCAAAACUGACCGGGACAAAGAUGGAGGGGUGUUGUGGGGGUCUCAGGGGGGGGUGAGAGAGGACCAGAGGAGAUGCUGACUCCGCCCCUUCCUCCACGUUUUACAUUUGUUGACACGGCCUGGACGGAGUGGAGGCGGCUCGCUGCUACAGCACAUCCUCAGUCCCGUAGUUUCUAAAAAACAAAACAAAAAAAACAAAACUCUAGAGACUCUGCAACCCUAAAUGUUGAUGUUUUAAUUUAAAUUAUUAUUUUUUUUUUUGUUAUUGUUGUUGUUCUGCUUUUUAUAAAUUUUAUUUCACUUUGAAUCGAAGGAACAAACUGGAAAACGCUUAACUACACACUCCCAAAAAGAAAACGCGGCUUCCCCAGCUGCGUCGUUACCCAUCUGUAAGCACUGAGUCGAGGCCGCUCACCGGUUGCCCCGGACAACGUGACCACACAACCAGCAGCCUUCCGGUUGCGACGACCCACAGUCGGAUGAUCCACCGCGCGGCCAAAGUCUGACGUUUCCAUCGGGAACCGCCUUCCUGGAACCCGACCGGACCGGGUGGAGGAAAGAAGACGCUCCAUGUCCGCCUCCCCCGUCUGCCUCGGGUCGGCUCAGCAGAGGCCGCCGCCCCGCCAGUCUGCUUCCAACGUUCCACACGGCGUAACGGAUCACAUGUACAUCCAUCGGUAGUUUGUGGGCAUGAGAAAAUGGCGUGUGAUAAAAAAAUUUUCUGGCUCUUACAAGGUAACUACAGCGGUUGAACAUAAUCAGACUAAUAGUUCUGUCUCUCGAUUGUUCAAAUUAUUGAUCCUGAAUCCUAAAUGCAUGGCUUUGAAUUAGGAUUAGUUAGCUGCUCGGUUAGCUGGAAGGUAACUUCCUGUUGACGGACCAGGAUUUAUACGGUACCAGACCGAUUGGAGCUGAGUGGUCAUCAUGUCUUAUUCCGAUUCUUUGUUAUUGUUUUUAUAUAUGUGCUGAGUGACUCAUUUUACCACAUUUUAUUUUAGAUUCUUUUCUCAGAAAGUCGUAAUGAAAACAACCGCUAAUGUUUAGCUGGAGGGCGUGGCACGAAAGUCCACUGAUCCAACCAGCCGAGCUUAAAAACAUUCAAUUUGUCGACCAAAAACAUAAAGAUGCUGCUUUGACUAAGAAGAAAGACGAACAAUAAAUAAACCAAUAAACACAUACUUUAAAAAAAUGUAAUUCCUCAACAAGAGACAACACAACAUUUAGCACAACAUUAGCUUUACAUUUAGCUGUAAAGCUACCAACUAUUUCCUCCGACUAAAUUAAAAGAGAAUAAUAAAAGUUUAUGCCUACUUUCUUUUUUUUGUUUGUUUUGUUCAAAGAGUGGAAGAUGAGGGAGUCAAAGGAAUCAGUAAAACUUCUGCUGGUUGUUGCAAACAGCAGCGUAGUUAUUGAUGAUCUGGUCACACUGGUCAGAGGCUUCCGGCCGAUUUCAAAUCUACGGUUGUUUUUGUCAAAUCUUUGAUCUGAUUAAGAUUUUCAGCCUUCCUGAAAUCUGCUGAAUUUGUUUCCCAUGUCAGAUUCACUCUUACAGCAGCUCCACCAAACACCAUCUAUUGUUUUGAAUUUCUGUUUUUAUAUCAUCAAUAGCCUGUAUGGAAAGCACAAAACGGCAAAAUUAAAUGUAGCUUUCUGUUGCAGGAGCCUGAGUGAACAAACAGCCUUUAUGUCUGUUUGAAAACACCUUACUGUUCCUUAAAAUAAAGAAAGUAGAAACAGAAAUAGAGAAAGACUCAAAAGACUUUGAGCCUUUUUCCCACAAGCUAAUAAGCUUGUGAUAUACGCAAGCUAAUUGCGAGUUAGCUUGCAAAUAUCUAGCGAACAUUUGAAAUGUUGCCAAAAAGAAAAUAAAAAUGCAAAUGAGGCGUAUUCCAGCUACUGGUUUGGAGUGAAUCCACCAGGCUAUGCUAGCCCUAAUUUAAUCUGAUGAUGAUGCUAUGUACAACCGUCAUAAACAGGAAGUAGUGACUGCUAGCUAGCACAAACCACAUAUCUCAGAAAAAGUGGCAGCCUUCCAUCUUAGAUGAAGAUUCAGAUUUAAAAUUCUUCCAAGUUUUGUGCUUCUGGUAAGGUCCAGGCCCGGCAGUGGAUGGGAAAGUUUAAUAUGUUAGAGUUUAUUUGGCAAAUCUGUUUCCAUCUCUUUUAGCGCAUUAGCUCCUUUUUGGAAAACCCAUUUAUUUUGGGCUUUCUGACAAAUGCUAGCUUGAACGUUCCUCGUUUUUUUGGGGGGGUUUUUGCGAAUCCCAGAGAGGUUUCCCAAAUUUUGCCAUUUCUAUCCACCAUUUCUAAUGCGAUUAAAAAACAGUAAUGGAAACACCGCUAGCAAAAACACAGAAGAGGUUGGGUUUUUUUCUUUGUUGCUGCCAAGUAGCAUUUCAUGGAACCAGAAAGCACCUGACUUUUAAACUUUUGUCUGUUCAGUCACCCGUCCAGAUGGAUUCUGGUCCCGAGACAAUAUUUUUGUUUUUGUAUCGCAUCUCCACUUUUUUAUUUAUUUUUUUACGUUCAGCUCCAUCGUCAUUCUCUCCUUGACGGUCAUCUUUUCCGCAGUGUUUCUUGCCACAACACCUGCAGGGUUCUGACAGAAGACAGAGACAUAAUUCAAUAGCAGAAAUCCCUCCGCCUCACAAGGUUAUUAACUUCCCGCCCUCUGAAAUGUGCCGUUAUGGAACAGUUUAAUAACCUGCGUCGUGCCCUAAAGAGCUUGUUGUGUUUGGUUGCGAGCUCUCCCGUGUGCUCGGUGCCGUAGAACUGCGCUGCGGCGAUCUGGUCGGUUAAAGGGCACACUUUUAGCGGCGGGAAAAGGUCAGAGCAGAAAGCAUGAACAAAGUUGACAUUCUGUAAUUACAAAGCGCCCCACAACUCCACUCAGCAACUCCAGCAGUCACAGCAGCAUUAAGAAGUCAACACUACUUCUGCUGGUUUUGCUUUUUCUCUUAUUUUAAAUUUUUUUCUUCCCUCAACUCAUUUCCAUCGAAGCUGGUUUUUAUUUAAUUUUUCUUUAACGUUUAUUGCAGCAUUAGGAAGUGCUGUUUAAAUCCGUUGCUUCUGCUAAAGCGUGGUGUUUUUAGAAGUUUCUCAUCACACACACACACACACACACCCGCACACAAACACGAAUCAGAAGCUAUAAAAUGCAUUUUACAGUUGGAUCUCUUUUUUUCCACCAUCUUUAAGAAAACAAAGGCCUCCCUCCACCACUUUGCUGCGCUGGAUGUUUAAUAUCAGAGUCUGCAAAGUCAUUCGGAAACGCCGCCGUUUUCUCGCUUUUCACAAACUGAUUCGCAAAUCAAAGAUUCUUCAUUUAAAAAAAACUGGAAAAAAAUGUAAAAAAAACCAAAAAAAAGACAAUAAAAACAUUCAGUUGUAUGUCCGGGGGCAGGUGGCGACCAGAAUAAAGAUAACCUUCGCAGUCCGGUUACCAUAACAAUGAUUGAUGUCCUGCUGACACCAAGAUGGCCGACCUGUGUAUUGCUCUAUCUGGCUUUUGCAGCUUUAGGAGGACUUUGAGUCCAACAGCAGCAGCUAUUUAUUUACUAUUGAUGAACUUCAGCACCUCAGUAACUGCCAUUAAAUUACAAGCUGCACUUAUGUUGUUGUUUUUUUUUCACAAACAUCACCUACUUUAUUUAUUGUGAGGUAAAACAACUAAAAAGUGUCUCUUUCAACUCCUAAAUGAUUGUACAACUAAAUGGAAUGUUCUUAGCAGUCUCAGGUUUUAGGACAAGUGAGCGUCGUAUCAGAAGUAACCCACUGGUUGGUUUUGGAGUCGCGAUCUCGACAUUGAUGAAACCUAGAAGCAUCAAAUACGACCUCAGAUUUAUCGUCAGCUGCUGUGUUUCCCUCAGCGUUCGGAUGCAUUGUGAGAAAAUAGGGGAAUGUAAAUGAAAUAUUGCAAUUUCAGCACUUGUCUUGGACAUUUCACCUCCAACUCCUUGAUUUAGACCUGGAGGUUAGUGCUGGUUAAUUUAAUCUUAAAUUAGGAUUACUGAAGUAUUUUAACUAGCUAACGUUAAUCACAGCAAGAGAAGCCCAGUAGGCCUGUUGUCGUUGUUUUUGCCAAGUCAUGAAAAGGUUGUUGUUGUUUCUGUGUAGCAUCAGGGAGCAGUUUUACCUCAACUCUUCCAUCUCAUUCAAGUCUGUUGGACUAUCAGAUUUCUUCCAUGUUUUCAAAUAAUACUCAUUUUGGUUCAAUGCCCACAGGUACAGUGCUAAAUCAUUGAUAUUAACAACAAACAAAAAUGGAAACAGACACAGACCAUAGACUUUGAUUACUGGCGACGCUCUUCUCAAAUGAUCAAUUUCCAGUUUCUGAUACUUUGGCAGCUUUUCCCAGAAAAACUGGGGGAAGUUUUUGGCAAUUUCAAUUUGUCUUUAAGAAGUUAUUAGCAGGAAGGCUACAUCGAACUGGCAUCUUAAUUGUUUUCAGCAUCUUUAAUGUUUUUAGCUUUCGGCUAGCGGUUAGCAUAUCGAGCGUUGCUAAAGAAACGGAUAUUUGCCUUAGCGGUCAAAUUUCUAAAAAGAUUCCAGGACGUCAAAGUCAGAUUGAAAACGAGUUGAAAUCUCAAAAAAAAUUAUUUUAAAAAAAUGCAACUUUGUUUUUCUCUGCUCCACCUUCCUGUUAUCUGCUGAAAUUCAGUCUCUCUCACCCUAAAUGAGCCACAGACGUUUCUGGACAUGUCUUGCAUCACUGUGCUUCCUCUGACCUUAUGGCAAACGCCUCAUUGAUACUGAAAGCAGCUAACUUUGAAUUGUCCUCACUUUGACCGCAUCCACAGUGGUGUCAGACCAAUUUGUUUGUGCUUUUUGUUCUUCUUUUUUUUAUCUUUCUCAUUGAUCAGAAAAAAAAAGAGAUUUUUGAGCCAACCCGCCACUAACCUGUUGGAGCAAAUCAAACCAAACAUCGUCCAGAUUCCCCCAACAGUCGAUUCCUUGGUGCGUCCCUACUGCACCUUCCACAACAAGUUGACUGUCGAUCUGUCGAUGUUCAGUCGACUGAAGGUUUCCACCAGCAGAUCAGUGGAUGGUAUUUGUUGUGGACCAGUUGUAGCACAACGGCAUGUGUCUGACCAUCUGGCAAAGCUUUUUGUUUUAUUUUUACUUUUAUCUUGCUUUUAGAACAAAACUGAAAACUGCAUCAACAACGUGGACCCGGCCCGCAACGUCUUACCGAUGGAUUUGUUUUAAAUAUUGCAUGGGGAUUGGCACAGUGAGUGCAGGGGGAGACGUUUUGCAGCUACUAAAACAGAUUCCCCACACAAGUUCUUACCUUGCCGUGAUGUGCUGGCCGACGAGAGUUGUGAAUGUCUUUUUUUCUUUUUAAUGAAUUAAUAUCACAGGAAGAUGUUUCAGCUUCAUUUUAUUUGUUUCCUUGCCAACUUAGACGUCAUCGGUUUAACAAAUCAGAUCUAAAGAGCACAAGACAUCCCCUGGUAUCUGUAAGACUUGAGUCUCUUGACCUUCUCCCUCUGAGUAUCGCACAUGGAGCUUUACUGUUCGAGCGCUUCCCGGUGCCGCGUUAAAGGACUUCCCCCGGUCCUAAAGUUCAGAUUUUCCAAACGAUUACCUCCUGCCACCAUUUGCAGCCACCGGAGUGUGAAGUGGCCCCCGAGCUGCUCUAAAUAUCCACAGGGGUGGAUGGCGUGUCUGUGUGUGAGUUUGGGGGUGGGGACACGUGUAGGAACCUUGUACGCUGUCACCUCGGCGUUUGCGUGAAGGAACGGGCAGCUUCCUCCUAUCGAUCUCACUUACCGAGCCUCAAACUCUCUGCCAGGUAACUCUCACUUCUACAUUGGCCUUACUUCCGCUCACUAAUCUCUUGUGUUAUCCUCCUGAAGUGUACAGACAAAUAUUUAUAAAUCGUCAUGGAAAUAAUGUCUAAUUUUAACAGUACAAGUAGAUUUAUUUUUGUCAAACACUGGCAGCAUUAAUGCGUAUUUAAAAAGCUUCGAUGCACAGGUUUAAAGCAUCCCAAUAGGGUCAUUGUAAAAUCAGGCAUUACCCUCUUUUCUCUCUCUCUGUCUCUUUGUAUAGCGGCAUUAUAUAUAUUGAGAAAGUAGUUUGUUAAUAUGUAUAAUUUAGCAGUUGCUGUUCUUUAUUUGUAAAUAAUGAGAAAGUAUUGUGAAUGACUUUUCAUUGAGUUCUCAAUUCAUUUAAGGCAAGUUGCAUUCAGGCUUUUAAACGUGUGAUUACAGCACAUUAGCAUAUUUUGUAUGUCGGACAGCACUGUAAGGCAAACCAGCAUCACUAAAAGCUGAUGAACAACAUGUAAAACCUGAGAAUGGCUUACUGACCUUGUAAUUACUGAUGUACAUAAAAGAAUGACUGAACAUUUUGUCUAUUAUUAAAUGUGAAAAUUUCACCCAC